AUGUCCUUUCAUGGUGGGAGUCUUUUGGAGCGUUCCAAAAACUAUGGAUCAGUUACAGUCCAGUCAACAAGAGGGAAAACUAGAGCCGAUAAAGAUAGAGAAGUUGCAGAGUUUUUGAAUAGACAUGAUGUUCAUAGAGAUGCAAAAACUGCAGGUACAAAAUGGGAUAACAUGCUUGGGGAGUUUAGGAAGGUUUAUGAAUGGGAAAGAGGUGAUAAGAGAGAACAGAUGGGGAAGAGUUAUUUUAGACUCUCACCUUAUGAGAGAAAGGCACAUAGAUUACCUGCUUCGUUUGAUGAAGAAGUUUUUGAAGAGUUAUCUCAAUUUAUGGGUCCUAAAAUGAGAACUCAAAGCAGAGGACCUUCACUCAUUGGUUCUGGUGAUGAUAGCAGUAGAGGAACUUCUCUUGCUGCUGCAAGAGCUCUCCCUCCACCCCCUCCUUUCAAAGAGGAUGAUCUCUCACUCUCAGGAAGGACAAGACAACUGGUUUUGACAAGUGGAGGUGAAGCUUACUUUCAUGGUACAAGAGGGAGUUUACUAGGGUUUGAUACUGCCGUGGAUGCUGCGGCAGGCUCUUCUUCAUCUACAAAGGAGCUACGUAGAAUUGGUAAAGUAAGAAUGACAUGGGAAGAAUCGGUGAGCUUGUGGGGUGAAGAGGGAGAGCAUCAUAGAGGGAGAGUUAGGCUUCAAGGAUCAAGCUUUUUGAACGCAGAUGAACUUACUUUCUUUGAUGAUUCGAUGGUCGCUUGCACCAUGGAAGCAUUUGAAGAUGGUGCUCUUAAAGGUUUUUCUGUUGACAAAUUUGUUUCUGGACAACAAAUUAAAGUCUUUGGCAGAAGGAAGCCUUCUCCUUCAGCUUCUGUUACUCCUUCUGGUACCUUUAUUUUUGUUUUUGAAAGAGUUCAGCUUCCAUUAACUGAACCUUCAAUAAGAUGUAAGUCCAUACCCCCAUGGGAAUUUCAAGAUCCAACAGAAUACUACGUGGGGUGUCUUAGAGUUCCACCAACAACACUUCCAAGUUUGUUUGAGCUUUCAUGGUACUUGCAAGAGCCACCUCCUGAAGAACUAAGAUUCCCACUUCGAAGAGAUGUGUACAGGGACUUACCACAAGGCAAAGAACUCUUCUUCACAAUAUCCAACGAUCCCUUAGAUUGUAGAGGUAUUACUUAUGAUAUUUUAAGCUCAAUUAUCAGAACUAACCCUAGUAUAAGUGGAGCUACUACCUCGAGUAGAGACUCUUUCAUUGGCGUUUGGGAUGAUUGCAUCAAUAGGAUCGUGUCCAAGUUUUGUUCUGUUGAGGUUGUUAUUGUUAGAAAACAACCCUCUUCACCAAUGGUCGAUACAUUGCAAGAUGAGUGGCCAAAUGUGACUGGAUUUGUUAGAAACUUUUGUUUGUGGAGAGGAGAAGAGACCGACCAAUUAAGGGAAGGUCAAGUCGAUCCCUCAUCAUCUAUAAUAGAGAAGCUUUUGUGGACUUACUUGGACCUCCCCUACAUUCUAGGCUACUACGCAGUUGGCUACUUGGUGACAUUUUGUGCAUUAUGUAGAUCACAGGAUCGUAUUAUUCGUACUGAUCUCUACUCUUUAGACCUUUCUUCACCAGUUGAGAGGCUGAAAGCUCUAGUCCCAUGUUAUAGAGUUGCUGGAUUAUUGCCAUUACUAGCUGAUCGUUGCUUCAACAACUUCAACAAUGGUGGUACUUACAAGCAAUUAACUUUCAGUGAUUUUGAAAGAGUAGAUAUGGGUAAUGGAAACAUCAUGGAAAUGACGCCAAAUACAGUUACAAGAUUGUUCUCUAGCAGAAGAAAAUGGGCAGCGGUCAAAGAAAUAUACGACUGUUUGGACCAUAGAAUCCCACAUGCAGAAUUCAUCUACAGAUCAUCAGAAAAAGAUUUAGCUUUGGUUUUCAAGCCAAGAGGGGUUAAGUUCAAGCCAAACAAUUGCGAACAACUUGUUGAGGCACUGAAAUACGUGACCCAAGCUUUGGUAGCAUUACACGACUUAUCUUUCAUGCAUAGAGACCUGAGUUGGGACAAGGUGAUGCGAAGAAGCGACAGUGAAAACGAAUGGUUCGUUUGUGGCUUCGAUAAUGCUGUAGGGGCACCACAGCUAAACCCGGUACAUGGUAUCGGGGAGGCGCGUGGUAGACACGCUCCAGAGAUGGGAAGAGGGAUGCAUGGUGUGAAAGUGGAUGUGUGGGGUGUUGGUCACUUGGUGAGGACUUGCGGGUUAGGUCCAAAUGGGGUGCCCAAAAUGCUUAGAGAGUUGCAAAAUAGGUGCUUAGACCAGAACCCAGAGCAGAGGCCUACUGCCGCCGACUGUUAUCACCACUUGCUGCAGGUGCAGUCGUCUUUGCAGCCAUCUUCAUCUGGAGUUCCAUAUUGA